AUGGAGUCAGUACGAGCUGUUAAGCCGUUUGAUAUAAACAUUGAAGACAAUCAACAAGCAACGGAGGGGGCUAAAUGGAAAAGACAACUUGAAUGCUAUUUCAGUGCCUGUAAUAUAACGGAUCAAUCGGAAAAAUUGGCAAAAUUACUAUUUCUUGGUGGUCCUGAUUUGCAGGAGCUGCAUGACAAUUUGCCUGAAGCCAAACGAGUGCCUUUAGUGCUUAGUGAACCUCCUUACUACGAUGCAGCUGUCACUGCCUUCGAUACUCAUUUCGAACCCAAGCGUAUGGUUGCAUACGAACGGUAUGUGUUUAGGCAGAUGGCACAGAAACCAUCUGAAAGGUUGUCUGAUUUCACAUUGAGGUUAAGAAUACAAGCAAAACGAUGUGAUUUUUUGCCGAACGUGUUGGAGGAAAUGAUAAUUGAUCAGAUAACAGAGAAGGGUAAUUCAGAUACGUUGCGAAUGGAGAUAUUGAAAAGAGAUGUACGGUCGUUGAAUGAAAUUAUAGCUCUGGGUACCGCUAUGUCUGAAUCCAAAGUGAAAUCGAUGCAGAUGACAAAUAAAGGACAUGCCUAUCGAGAGGAAGUGAUGGUUCAAUCGGUGAAACAACAGCGUCGGGGUAAUUUUGUAUAUCCAUCGCGUACUCCGGUCAUGAACCGUGGAGUUUUAAUGACAUGCCACGCUUGUGGACAUCCAGGGCAUCUGAAGGCCAGCAAAUGGUGUCCGGCAAUAGGAAUAAAGUGCAAUAGAUGCCACCAAAAUGGUCAUUAUGCGAAGUUUUGUUCUAAAUUCAACCAACCCCAAAACCAAGAACCCUUGCAUCGGCACAAAAGAUCGUUUUAUGAGGCUGGGAGGACAGAUUGGCACAACCCUCCAGCAAAACGUAUCCGAACGGUAACAGAGAGCAACGUGGACUGCCAAGAAGAUGCGAAUAUUUUUUAUGCAAUGGGACGCAACGUAUUUCAUUUCCGCAUAGGAGGGGUCAUAGUUCCGAUGACCAUAGAUUCCGGAGCCGACGCAAACAUAAUUCCAGUGCACAUUUGGCAGCAGCUGAAACGAGUCGAUGUUCAGGCUUAUGAUUUGUCCAGGCAACCUGAUCGCAUACUCAAAGCCUAUGCAAGUAGUGAACCGCUGAAAGUCAAGGGCAUGUUCAAUGCAGAAAUAGAAGCGGGUGACAACACAACAAAAGCGAAGUUCUACGUUGUAGAGGGAGGUAAGCAAUGUUUACUAGGUGAAGAGACAGCUCGUGAAUUGCAAGUUUUGAAAAUUGGAUUCAAUGUUGGUGCCAUCGAUCAAUCGCCAAAGGAGUUUCCCAAAGUGAAGGGGGUGCUGUUGGAAAUUCCCAUUGAUCCAACAGUACAGCCUGUUCAGCAACCUUAUAGACGGGCCCCGAUAACCCUGGAAGGCUUAAUUGCGGAAAAGUUGCAGUUUUUGCUGGAGCAAGGCAUUAUAGAGCGUGUCACUCAACCGUCUGCCUGGGUUUCCCCUUUGGUUCCUGUGCUUAAAGAUUCUGGAGAAGUCCGACUUUGCGUUGAUAUGCGUCGAGCAAACCGAGCAGUUUUGAGAGAGAAGCAUCCUCUUCCAGUCAUCGAGGAGUUGCUAGGUAGCAUCAACGGGGCUGUACGUUUCUCAAAGGUAGAUAUUAAAGACGCCUACCACCAAAUCGAGAUCUCGGAGCGAUCGCGUGAGAUAACAACCUUCAUUUCGAAAUACGGUUUAUUCAGAUAUAAGAGGCUUAUGUUUGGCGUUUGCUCAGCUCCAGAACUUUUCCAAAAGGUUAUGGAAACAAUAGUUGCGGGUUUAGAAGGAGUUGUUGUAUACCUUGAUGACUUGGUGGUAUUCGGAAAAUCGGAAGAAGAACAUGCAACGAAACUACAGACUCUUCUAGACAGGCUGGAAGAAUACGGAAUUUUGCUGAACUCAAAGAAAUGUUUAUUCAACGUUAACAAGCUCGAGUUUCUAGGACACGAAUUGUCAGAAAAAGGAAUCAGACCAACAGAGAGCAGGGUCAAAGCAAUUGAACAGUUCCGUUCUCCUUCAAACAUCGCUGAGCUGCGAAGUUUUUUAGGUCUGGUAACAUACGUCGGUCGAUUUGUUCCUAAUUUAGCUAGUAAAACUGAUCCCUUGCGAGAUCUGCUACGGAAGGGAACGCUUUUCAAAUGGACGAACGGUGAAGUGGAGCGAGAGAAUGGAAUGUUGAAAAAGCAUUUAAAGAUAAGCCAGGUGGAGGAUACAGACUGGAAGUGGGAUCUCCGAAUGUGUGUACUGACGUAUAAUUCAACACCUCACUCAACCACCGGGGUGGCACCUUCCGUAUUGAUGUUUGGUCGGGUUAUGAAGGAUAAAUUACCAUCUAUUUCAGUAGAUUCAGGAAAAAUUUUGGAAGAAGUGAAGGACAGAGAUAGAGAACAGAAACAGAAAAGCGAAGAAUACACAAAUGUUAGACGACAUGCAAGGGAUAGUAAUCUUCAAUCUGGUGAUAUAGUUGUUGUGAAGAGACCAAUGAAAGAACACAAGCUCGCAUCCAACUUCAGCCCAGAGGAGUGGGAAAUUAUUGAUAAGAACGGAUCCGACGUAACGCUGCGUUCCAAGAUAUCAGAUCGAGUAAUUCAUAGAAAUACAGCUCAUUUAAAACGGCUUCAUUCACGAGACGAUGAGGAUGUCCAGAUAUCUUCAGAAGACGAUGGUGCCGAGGGUGUCCAGGAUCAGUCGGAGAACAUACUCAUCCAAUAA